UUUUUCGUUUGCUAUUGUGCAACAGCACAAACACUUUGCAAGAUCUUUUACAACUAAACAGCUCCUGACUGUCCCCCGCAAAAAAAAAAAAGCUCUUGACUGCACAGAGAAAAAAAAGAGCUCUUGACCGCAGCCGACCGCCGCACUCAACGGAGCCAAUCAUCGGGCAAAUGCCCAUGCCACCAAUCACACGCGCGCGCCCCACUCCCUGCUCACCCCACCAUCCGAUCGGCCACGCACCGUACGGCGCCCAACGCGGGCAGCUCCCCGGCACCAGCCGCGAAGCUCCCCGCUCUGCUGCCAGAACGGCCAAUAAAUAGGACGACGCACACGCCCGCAUCGCCACCACCACGCGCACGCGCACGCGCACACGCACAGGGCCACCAAUCUUCCAGCCCGCGUCCUCCGAGCUAGACGGGAUCGUCAUGGCCGCGGCGGGCAAGGCCAAGGAGGCGGACGCGGCGCGGUGCAGGAGGCACCCGAGCCACCGGCACGCGGCCGGCGUCUGCCCCUUCUGCCUCAGCGACCGCCUCUCGCGCCUCUCCGCCGCCGCAGGGGCCGCCGACGCCGCCUCCGAGCCGUCGUCGGCGUCCUCGUCCGGGGCGGCGAGCGUCGCGUCGGCCCAGACGGCGCCGCCCUGCCGCGAGGCGCGCCGGGCGAGGCUGGGGAUGCUGAUGCGUCAGGAGGAGCCGGAGGCGACCGGCCAUCACGGCAAGCAGGAGGCGGCGGCGGCGGAGGAGGGGGAGAAGAAGAAGCCGGCGAAGAGGGGCAACUUCUGGACUCGGCUGCAGCAGGCGAGCUGGUACAGGAGGGACGGCUGCUCGGUGGCGUCCGUGAAGAAGGGCGCCGCCGCGCCGCCGCACAAGCGGGCGGCGUCGCUGUUCUGAAGCUCCGGCGAGCGGGAGGCCGCGCGGUCAGUCGGUUGAGCGGCAUUGGUCCGGUUGGUUGGUUGGUUGGUUGGUUCCUGGGUCGUGCCUGCGCUGUUCCAAAGCGGAGCCUACGUGGCUGGAUGGAUCACCUGCUCGUCUAAUCUGGCGUCUUUCUCGCUGUUUCUUUCGGGUUUGCGCCCUGUUGGGUUUGGUGCGCGGUUGUUGGAAGAGUACUAGUCUUGGUGGAUGGAAUGAAGGACAGCCUAAUGGCUUGUCCAUUUUUGUACAGUACAGAUCAUCGAUCUCCAAUGAAAGAGCUUGCGCUCGACUCGAUCGCGUUGUUUGUU